AUGCCGCCGAGGCCCAAGGGCUCGAGGCCGUCAUCUAGGAUGGAAACACCGAGUCUGCACAUCACGUGGGAGCUCUUCAUCGCAGUCGUAAUUCUGCUUCUCGUUCACUGGCUGAUAAAAAGAAGAGACCAUUUCAAGUUCUUCGAGAAACUCGGCAUACCUGGGCCCAUGCCGAACAUCUUUCUCGGCAAUGUAUUUGAGAUGUACCGUAAGUCACCUGCCAAAGCUUAUCGAGAAUGGAUACAAAAGUACGGCGACACUGUCGGGUACUUCAACGGUCACCGUCCGGUUAUCCUAACUGCUGACCUGGACUUGCUGAGGCAGAUACAGAUUAAGGACUUCCAUGACUUCACAGACAGAGGGCUCUUGUUCCAGGCCAAGCGCCCUCCAAGCCCACAAAACAAAAGUCUCUUCCAGCUCACGUCAACCAGAUGGAAGGAAGUGCGGAGCGUCCUUACACCUUCGUUCACCACCAACAAGCUUAGACUCAUGUCUCCAGGUGUCAUCUCAGCCGUGGAGAAGUUGGUUGUCAAGAUUGACCGCAAGGCGAAGACGGGAGAGGAGUUCGAGGCUGGCGAGAUGUACGCCGCUCUCGCGCUAGACGUGAUCUGCAAGAGCGCGAUGGGUAUCGACUACAAUCUGCAGGAACAUUUGGCCACGCAGCGACUUCUCUCUCUCCGCCGCAAGGACUUGAUGCAGCUAAUGAUCGACGCCAAGGAUUCCCGCGUAGACGCAGGCUCGGUAACGUCCACUCAGCUUACAGCUGCUGAAGACAAUGACGAAGAACUCCCCAGUGAAGCCAAGAGCGGUAACGGUAUCCAUACUUUUUUCAACAAGGCCGUUCUGGAUGAUGACGACAUCACGCAAAAUGCGUUCGCCACACUCGUAGCAGGGUUCGAGACCACGAGCAACACGAUGUCCAUGGUGACGCACAUGCUCAUACAUCAUCCGGAAGUUCAAGAAAAAGUGCGGAAGGAGUUGCUCUCUGUCCUGAAUGAUGACGAGCCAAUCACAUACAGCACCAUUCAGAAGCUGCCCUACCUGAACUGCGUUAUUCUAGAGACCAUCCGGCUGUACCCUCCAGCCUUCGCGUUUGUGACCCGCGAGGCGGUGAGAGAUAAACAGUACGGGAAGUUUAGGAUUCCGGCCGGGACUGUUGUCAUGGCGGCCGUCGAGUACAUCCAGAGGGAUGCGCCACACUGGGAACACCCGGACCGAUUCGACCCGGACAGGUUCCUGCCUGAGAACAAGUCGCGUAUCAACACCAUGGCCAUGCAGGCCUUCGGCAACGGCCCACGCAACUGCAUCGGCAUGCGCUUCGCACAGAUGGAGUUGCGGUACACGUUUGCGCACAUAUUGCGGAAGUAUCGGCUCCAGAAGACCGAAAACAGCGAGAAGGACCCUCCGAGCAUAGAGAUGAACCCGAUCAUCCUGAAGAUCAAGAAUGGCGUGAAGGUCAAAGCUGUUCCCCUAUGACUAUAGUGACCGAUGGAAGCACCAAACUAUGAGAUGUCACUGUGACGCGGAAGCCCUUGCGUCGCACAGCCUUCGUGUGGUGUCUAUUUAUUGUAGUGUGACGAACAUAGAGUUGUGGGCAUAAAAAAUCAUCCUUUACUUCUGUCGACCCCCCCAAAAAAUUAGGCAGAGUACUUUCGGGUUUUAAAGCUGCAGUGGCCUGACUACGUGUAUAACCAUGUAUU